ACCAGGGCGCUGGGAGCCCGGCGGGGCCGCGAGCGCAGCCACCGCGCUGGAGCCUCCACGACUGGGUGCCCGGGAUGAGCCUCACCCGGAAAAGGGGCUUCUACAAGCAGGAGGUCAACAAGACGGCCUGGGAACUGCCCAAGACCUACGUGUCCCCGACGCACAUCGGCAGCGGAGCCUAUGGCGCCGUGUGCUCCGCCAUCGACAAGCGGUCCGGGGAGAAGGUGGCCAUCAAGAAGCUGAGCCGGCCCUUCCAGUCGGAGAUCUUCGCCAAGCGCGCCUACCGCGAGCUGCUCCUGCUCAAACACAUGCAGCAUGAGAAUGUCAUUGGGCUCCUGGAUGUCUUCACCCCGGCCUCCUCGCUGCGCCAUUUCCAGGAUUUCUACCUGGUGAUGCCCUUCAUGCAGACAGACCUGCAGAAGAUCAUGGGCAUGGAGUUCAGUGAGGACAAGAUCCAGUGCCUGGUUUAUCAGAUGCUCAAAGGUCUUAAGUACAUCCACUCAGCCGGGAUCGUGCACAGGGACCUGAAGCCAGGCAACCUGGCCGUGAAUGAGGACUGUGAACUGAAGAUCCUGGAUUUUGGACUGGCACGGCUAGCGGAUGCCGAGAUGACUGGCUACGUGGUAACACGCUGGUACCGUGCACCCGAGGUUAUCCUGAGCUGGAUGCACUACAACCAGACUGUGGACAUCUGGUCUGUGGGCUGCAUCAUGGCCGAGAUGCUGACGGGAAAGACGCUGUUCAAGGGCAAGGACUACCUGGACCAGCUGAGCCAGAUCCUGAAAGUGACAGGAGUCCCCGGGGCAGACUUCGUGCAGAAGCUCAAGGACAAAGCAGCCAAAACCUACAUCCAGUCCCUUCCCCGUAUCCCCAAGAAGGACUUCACACAGCUCUUCCCACAUGCUAGCCCCCAGGCCGUUGACCUGCUGGAAAAGAUGCUGGAACUGGACGUGGACAAGCGUCUGACCGCCUCACAGGCCCUUGCCCACCCCUUCUUUGAACCCUUCCGGGACCCUGAGGAGGAGACAGAGGCCCCGCAGCUGUUCGAUGAUGCCUUGGAACACAGGAAGCUCACAGUGGACGAAUGGAAGCAGCACAUCUACAAGGAGAUCAUGAACUUUAGUCCCGUGGCCCGCAAGGACUCACGGCGGCGGAGUGGCUUGAAGCUGUAGUGACUCAAUCCUGCCUGAUCACACCCCCCCCCCAAUCUGCCUAGCUGUGCGUGGGGACUACUGCAUGACACCGCCAGCCAGAUGCUGCCUGUGACCAAGACUCACUUGUUACCACUAGAUCAGACCUUCUGGGAAUACAAACUUCCAAGCAGAGGACAGAGUUAGAGACAGGCCAGCCCCAUGUAGAAUUCAAAGGUGUAGGCUGGGAGAACAUGACUCGGAUCACCAUGCAUUAAAGUGCCUGUCUGGAGAGCA